AAUACAAGGGAGAUAACUCACAAAGCAUCACAGAGCCGAUAUCAGCUGACCGGACCACAUCGUAGAUUGCACGUGGAGAGAAAAUCUUCAAUUGAUUAAAUCAGUUAUCACGUCUUCUUAAGAAUAUUCCAGUGAAGUUUGGUGGUAUUUCAUCCAAAAUGAUAAGAAUACACAUUCUACAAACAAGAUAUUCCAGAGGGAUCUUGGUGCCCAGCAUUGAAUGAUCUUUUUUCCGUUCUCAACAUUUCUUUAUCUUUCCUCCUUUCCUCUUUUCCUCUAUUAAGAUUCAAGUAAUUCUCAAGAAAGUUCAUCCUUAUUGUACAGUAUACCAAUGUUAGACUUACUUAUUCUUGAGUGUAACAAUCGUAAAUUGAUAGUAAUUAUUUAUUGUAGAGUAUAUCGAUGACAUGCGUACCUCUGUCCGUUUUGUUGUACCCUGUAUUGUCCGUAUUAAUUCAUUGUCACGGCUUUUUGUAGCUUAGUAGGUAAAUAAAUCCUAGGCACAAACUGUUCAAAUAAAAUGUAACAUGAGAGGUCUUAAGUUAUUGAUGAGUCGUCGCUUUUAGUACCACAGACGCAGCUGUAAAUAAAUACUGUAACUCAAAUAGCUGUGAUUUUUCCCUGAAGAUCUGAGCCUUUACCCAGACUACUAGUUUAGACUGAACACAGUAGGAACCUUGUGUGUGACUAGUGAGGAUGUGUACUCCCCAGAAGGUCAUCAUUGAUGUGGACACUGGUGUGGACGAUGCCCAGGCCCUCAUACUGGCUCUCUCCCGACCAGACGUUCUGGACGUGUUGGCUGUCACUUGUGUUCAGGGGAAUGUAGACAUCACCAAUGUGUGUAGAAACACACUGAGGGUUCUGACUGUGUGCGACAAACUAAAUGUACCUGUACAUAAAGGUUGUGAAAAGCCGCUGACUGGCGAGGGUCCUGAUGCCACACAUUAUCACGGCAGAGACGGAAUGGGAGAUGUGGCCAAUCUGGAACAAGUUGACAUGAAUAUCAUCCAAUCAGAACACGCGACUCUAGCUAUGAUCAGAUUGGUUAAUCAAUACCCAGGGGAGAUAACUCUAGUUGCCUUAGCUCCUCUAACCAACAUCGCAGUAGCGUUGAGGCUUGAUCCAGACUUUGGACGCAAACUGAAAGAAAUGGUGAUUAUGGGAGGAAACGUCCAAGGCAAGGGAAACACGUCUCCUGCAGCAGAGUUCAAUUUCCGGAGUGAUCCGGAGGCAGCCCACGUUGUGUUGAAAGAGAUGGGAUGUCCCAUCCUGAUGGUCCCGUGGGAGACAUGCGCAGACAAUGGACAAUCUUGGACCUGGGUGGAGAACUGGCUUAAAACAGAUACCCGAAAGGGGCGUUUUCAGAACAGCAUUGUACAACACUCUAUUGGACGUUUAAAAGCUGCAAAUAGGUCACAUUACAGGUCAUGUGACUUACUAGCGAUGGCGUAUGUUAUUGAUAGGUCGGUUGCCACGGAAACCGAGGAAUUUUAUGGGGAAGUAGAAAUGUCCGGAAGUAUGACACGUGGACAGCUCGUUUGUGAUUGGAGAGAAAGUCUGGGUCGGAAUGUCAACAUCAAGGCCGUCACUGCUGUCAGUCUAGACAAGGCAAGAGUGUUGUAUGAUGGGAUGCUCCAAUAACCUCUGCCUUUCUUCAGCUUAUGUAAAGCUAUGGAGGAUGACAACAACCUAGCCAGUAUAAAUUCAUUAGUAGUUACAAUGAUUGUUACCCUCUACAAACCGGAGAUAUUAGUCAGCUUCUUUUACUGCUGUAAUCAGCUUUUUAAUCAGAAAACUUCUUACUUAGCCUGUCAAUGUUCCAGGGUAUGUGUUGUGUUGAUAGUGUAACGGAAUUGUACAACGGUAUGUGUUGUGUUCUAUGUAAAGAUAUCCGUACAAUAAUGUUAUGUUCCAGAUUUUUUUGGUUAAUUAGUCUUAUUUUUUCGUUCACAAUUCUUUUCUUUCGUUUACAAUUCUGCCUUUUACCAUUCUUUUGUUCACUGUUCUUCCUUUCACCAUUCUUUCUUGUACUAAACUCUUUUUACCAUUCUUUCUUUCAUAAGUCUUUCGUUCACAAUUCUUCUUUUCACUAUUUGUCCUUUCACCUUUCUUUCUUUCACUAUUCUUUCUUUUACAAUUCUUCCUUUCACUAUUCUUUUCUCUAUUCUUUCGUUCACUAUUUUUCCUUUCGUAAUUCUUCCUUUCACAAUCCUUUCUUUCACAAUUCUUUAUUCUUUCUUUCAUUUUCUUUUGCUAUUCUCUCUUUCACUACUUUUCCUUACACUAUUCUUCCUUUCACUUUUCUUUCAUUCACAAUUAUUUGGUUCACAAUUCUUUUGUUUACAAUUCUUCCUUACACUAUUCGUCCUUUCACCUUUCUUUGGUUCACAAUUCUUUGGUUCACAAUUCUUUGGUUUACAAUUCUUCCUUACACUAUUCGUCCUUUCACCUUUCUUUCGUUCAUAACUCUUUGGUUCACAAUUCUUUUGUUUACAAUUUUUCCUUGCACUUCGUUCUUUCACCUUUCUUUCGUUCACAAUUCUUCCUUUCACUAUUCUUGCUAUAGCCGCGUCCUCUUUGUUGGGCUACUGUUUAUAGAUAACCUUAUACAAUCCUCUAGUCACUGUUUGUUGACCAGUAAAUAACUUUAGUAGUAAAUGUUCAAAUCAUUAAAGGUAUGCUGUAUGGUUGUGGACAGUAAUCAACAUUUGAUUUGCCUAUAUAUUGAUUAAUAAACGAUAAAAUAGUU